AUGGACGCAUUGCUGCAUGGUCUAAACGAUGCGCAGAAGAGCGCAGUCACCAGCCCUGCGAAUGUCGUGCAGGUGCUUGCUCCUCCAGGCUCGGGCAAGACGAAGACACUCACUGCGCGUGUCGCGUACCACAUUAACCACGAACGACUACAACCAUGGAACAUCAUCGUAUGCACCUUCACCAUCAAGGCCGCCCGGGAGAUGAAGGAGAGGAUCCGGGGCUUCGUUGGCGACAAACUGGAGGCCAAGCUAAUAUUGGGCACCUUCCACUCAGUUGCCCGUCGCUUUCUGUUCCGCUAUGGCCAAGAGAUUGGAAUUGACAAGAACUUUGGCAUUGCCGAUACUAGUGACAGUUCCGCUAUCCUCAAACGCAUCGUUACGCGUUAUCAGUAUGCCAUAGAGCCUGGCCAUGCCCGUUCGAGGAUUUCCAAGCUCAAGGCCCAGGGCGUUACAUCAGAUGCUUUUGCCGCGACUGCCAAAAAUGCAAACGACAACGAAUUUGCCAUGAUCUACUCGUCUUAUCAAGAGCACUUGGCCGCAUCUAACUUGCUCGACUACGACGAUCUCUUAAUACGCUGUGUCGAUCUGCUAAAGAAGUCACCUUCAUGCGUUUCAACGAUACAGGCUGUGCUUAUUGAUGAAUACCAGGACACCAACAACAUCCAGUAUGAGUUAAUGAGCUUAUUAGCUCAAAAGACUCGGCGCAUCACAAUCGUUGGCGAUCCAGACCAGAGUAUUUACAGCUUUCGAUCUGCUGAAAUCAAGAACCUGCUCCGGAUGCGCACUGACUAUCCGGAAUCUGUCGUCAUCAAUCUGGAGAACAACUACCGCUCAUCUGGCUACAUUUUGAAUUCGGCCAUGGCUGUCAUUGAGCAGGACGAGAGCCGGCCACAGAAAUCGCUAAUCGCCACGCAUGGCGCUGGCGAACAGCCCACUCUUCGCCAUCUAGUAUCGGCCAAUGUCGAAGCAAAAUGGAUCGUCGAAGAGAUAUGCAGAACAAGAACACUUAGUGCUGGACUACUGGAUUUUGGCGACUAUGCCAUAUUAGUGCGCUCAUCGCCACUCACCCUCCAGAUAGAACGAGCACUCGGACAAGCUGGGGUUCCCUAUCGUAUGGUGGCUGGUACCAAAUUCUUCGAUCGAGCUGAGAUCAAGAUACUACUGGAUUACCUGCGCGUUGUCAGUCAGCCAGAGCAUAAUGAUGCCGUAGCGCGCGUCAUCAAUGUACCUUCUCGGAAAGUUGGCGAUGUCACCGUCAAAGCGCUGCUGGAAGAAGCAGAGAUGAGCAAGAUUACCCUUUGGAAGCUCGUUCUCGACAUUGCUCAAGGAAAAAGAAGGCCAAAAAUCAAAGUGUCUACACAAGCACAAAAGGGCAUUGAGCAGUUUGUCAACGUCAUUUUGAGUUCUCGGGAAAAGCUGAUUCCUGCCAAAGAUGACGUGUGUGACCUCUUCGGGCUCAUAACUCACAUCUCGAACAAGAUAUCGUUCCUGUCAUAUCUAAAGCAGACCCACAAGGAAAACUGGCAAGACCGCUGGGCGAAUGUCGAGGAGCUCGUCAAUCAGGCGACGCAAAUGGCCACAGCCGUUGCCAACGGAGAAGAGAUAUCGGACGAUGCAUUGCCUGUGGCAGAAGGCAUAGAACAGCGACCCGACAGCGCCGCCGAUAUCCUUUCGAAAUUCCUCGCCAAUGUCACAUUAUCGAGCGCGGCGGAUCAAGAGGGCACAGAGCAAAACCAGGUCACCAUUUCCACUAUCCAUGCAGCGAAAGGUCUCGAGUGGCCUGUAGUCUUCAUGCCCGCCAUAUACGAUGGUUCCAUUCCUCACUCGCGAGCGGACGACCAAGACGAGGAACGAAGGUUGCUGUAUGUUGGUAUGACGCGUGCCCAAGCGUUACUUUACCUCAGUUGUCCUGUAAAGCAAUCGGGACAGGAGCAAACGACUCUUUCACGAUUUAUUUCGGACCGUAAAGUGCAGAAGUUUUUCAGCGAGCGAGGGCCAGAUCUGGCGUUUAAACGGAGUAUUAUCACCGACCUAGCACGAAUUCUGCGAAGGGACUGCCCUUCGACCGCAGAUCUCGAUCGUGCUCGUGAUUCAAUGGAGCGACCAGAAGAUGACAAAUACCCAGCAACGCGAGACGAGAUUGAUGGCAAUGAUCCAACCUGGGGUGCGCCGUGGAACGAGAAGCGCACAAAUUCCAAGCUAGGUAGCGACGGGUCAGAUCAAGCCCUGAAGCGACGGAGGAUCGAUGGCCUGGGCUCUUACUCGAGAGAAAGCGUAUCAGUCACGAUCAACCGCACAUCUAGCUACUCCACCUCCAUGACCACAAUGCAGAGCAUGAAUGCAGGAUUCACAAGCGCCCGAGAUCUGGGCGACCUGCAAGCGAUGCAAAAAGAGGCAGAGCGUAUCUGUACAUCAGCCAGUACUCAAGGUACACAGAGCAGCAAGGCAGAACCCAAGGCAGUCAAGGCAAAACCUGGCAAACCACGUGCAGCAGGCCAAGGUGCCAUCACAUCAUUCUUCAAACGAUCAAACAGCGCAAUGUCCGAGCAGUCAGAACACGAAUCAUCCACAGCAGUCCCAUGCCUGCAACGCUCGCAGUCAUGCUUAACAAGCAACGCGCCAUUACAUGACAUUUCCAACGUACAGACUUCGACGCCGCGUCCCUUUCGACCACUAUCGAUACCAGAGCACAAAGUAACGAGCCAACGCAUUCUCAACAAACCGAGGAAGACUGAGCCCGAGAGUGAGACACAGAACACACGAUAUUUCUAUCAAGAAGACAGCGGCGUUUGGUUCAGCAUCAGGCUUUCGUUCAGCAUCAACAUUACACACGACGUCAAUAAGUCAGGUACAAAAUGGAGCGGCGCAGGGGAGAACAUUGGGUACUAG